UUUUGCGUCUCGCAGUCGGCUGCUCUCGGUUCCUUCUCGUGUCUCAUCGGUAUUCCUGGGCAAUCCUCGGCGCGCGCCCCCAGUCCAGCAGCAGCAGUAGCGGCACGCGCAUCUCAGGAGAGAGGACAGGGCAUCUGCAGAGCUCGAGACGCUUCUGAGCGAACCUGGAAUGACGCCAUGAGCUCGCAUCGUGUGUGAUGAAGGUAAUGUUCUGGUAGGAACCUGCUGCGGCGUCGCGCGAGGAGCCUGAACACGACCAUGAAGCUGCUGCUUGUGGUGACACUCUUAUGGCGCGAGGCGUUGUGCGGAUCUCCGAGCGUCCAGAUCGGUGGUUUAUUUCCCAGGGGGGCAGAUCAGGAGUACAGUGCAUUCAGAAUUGGCAUGGUUCAGUUUGGGAUGGCAGAUUUCAGACUGACUCCACACAUAGAUAACCUGGAGGUGGCCAACAGCUUCGCUGUCACUAACUGCUUUUGUUCCCAGUUCUCUCGAGGUGUCUACGCCAUUUUUGGCUUCUACGACAAGAAGUCAGUAAACACCAUCACGUCCUUCUGUGAGACACUACAUGUCUCCUUCAUCACACCGUCUUUCCCAGCAGAAGGAAUGAAUCAGUUUGUUCUCCAGAUGAGGCCAGACAUCAAGGGGCCGCUAGUUUCACUAGUUGAGUACUACAAAUGGGAAAAGUUUGCCUAUCUCUACGACAGUGAUCGAGGUCUUUCUACUCUUCAGGUAAUACUGGACACUGCAGCAGAGAAGAAAUGGGUUGUCACAGCAAUCAAUGUAGGAAACCUCAAAGAUGAGAGGAAGGAUGAAGCCUACCGCUCUCUGUUUCAGGACCUGGAGAUCCGUAAGGAGCGACGCAUAAUCCUGGACUGUGAACAAGACAAAGUCAAAGACAUCAUGGAGCAGGUGAUCACUAUAGGCCGCCAUGUGAAGGGAUACCACUAUAUCAUCGCUAACUUGGGUUUUGUAGAUGGCGACCUCUCUAAAAUCCAGUAUGGAGGUGCGAAUGUGUCUGGGUUCCAGAUAGUAGAUUUUGAUGAUCCUGUGGUGGCAAAGUUUGACCAGCGAUGGGAGGCCCUUGAAGAGAAGGAGUAUCCUGGAGCUGAUGCACGGAUCAGAUAUACCUCAGCCCUCACCUAUGAUGCUGUCCAUGUGAUGACGGAGGCGUUCCGCUUCCUUCACAAGCAGAGAAUAGACAUGAGUCGCCGUGGCAACAGUGGAGACUGUCUGGCCAAUCCAGCGGUUCCCUGGGCACAGGGGGUGGAGAUUGAACGUGCCCUCAAACAGGUGCGUGUUGAUGGUUUAACAGGGACGAUUCAGUUUGACCAGUACGGAAAGAGAAUCAACUACUCGGUGACAGUCAUGGAACUGAAGCCCACUGGACCUGUUAAGAUUGGCUAUUGGAAUGAGGUGGAUAAAAUGGUAGUGACAAAGUCAGACAUUUACCCCAACGACAGCAUGGGAAUGGAAAACAAGACAGUUAUCGUCUCAACUAUACUGGAAGCCCCCUAUGUGAUGAUGAAGAAGAAUUCUGAGCUGUUUGAAGACAAUGACCGCUACGAAGGUUACUGCGUUGACCUGGCUGCCGAGAUUGCAAAGCACUGUGGUAUCCGCUACCAGUUAAGAAUUGUGGGAGAUGGCAAAUAUGGAGCAAGAGAUGCAGAAACCAAGAUCUGGAAUGGUAUGGUUGGAGAGCUGGUGUAUGGGAAAGCAGAUAUAGCCGUUGCUCCUCUGACGAUCACUCUUGUUCGUGAAGAGGUGAUAGAUUUCUCCAAACCCUUCAUGUCUUUGGGAAUCUCCAUCAUGAUUAAGAAGCCGCAGAAAUCUAAACCAGGAGUCUUCUCCUUUCUGGACCCACUGGCCUAUGAAAUCUGGAUGUGCAUUGUCUUUGCCUAUAUUGGAGUUAGUGUUGUACUCUUUCUGGUAUCCAGAUUCAGCCCCUAUGAGUGGACGCUAGAGGAGCCAGAGGAUGGAGCGAUGCCACUGACAACUGAAUCCAACAAUGAGUUUGGGAUCUUUAACUCCCUUUGGUUCUCUUUGGGUGCUUUCAUGCGGCAGGGUUGCGACAUCUCACCAAGAUCUCUGUCAGGUCGUAUAGUUGGGGGUGUGUGGUGGUUUUUCACCCUGAUUAUCAUCUCAUCAUACACUGCCAACCUGGCUGCCUUCCUGACGGUAGAGAGGAUGGUGUCUCCCAUCGAGAGCGCAGAAGACCUGGCUAAACAGACAGAGAUCGCAUAUGGAACCCUGGACUCUGGAUCCACCAAAGAAUUCUUCAGACGCUCAAAAAUUGCCUUGUUUGACAAGAUGUGGCAGUACAUGAAAUCAGCAGAGCCCUCUCCUUUCGUCAAGAAAACGUCGGAGGGAGUCUUGCGUGUCAGAAAAUCCAAAGGGAAGUACGCCUACCUGCUGGAGUCCACCAUGAACGAGUACAUCGAGCAGAGGAAACCUUGCGACACUAUGAAAGUGGGAGGAAACCUGGACUCCAAAGGCUACGGCAUCGCCACGCCCAAAGGAUCUCCAUUAAGAGUGCCAAUAAACCUUGUCGUAUUGAAACUGAAUGAGCAAGGGACCCUAGACAAGAUGAAAAACAAGUGGUGGUACGAUAAAGGAGAGUGUGGCUUCAAGGACUCCACCAAUAAGGAGAAGACCAGCGCCCUGUCUCUCAGUAACGUAGCAGGGGUCUUCUACAUCCUGGUCGGAGGUCUGGGUCUGGCCAUGAUGGUAGCGCUGGUAGAGUUUUGCUACAAGAGUCGCGCAGAGGCCAAAAAGAUGAAGAUGAAAUUCACAGAUGCAAUGCGCUCCAAAGCUCGUCUAUCCAUCACAGGAUCGACCGGUGAGAAUGGUCGUGUCCCGGUGGCUUACCUCCGUCCAGGAUUACCCAUGAGCCUCAGCAUGACUGAUCUGUCCUGACCACACCCGAGCCAGUGCCUUACAGCCAAUCAACACACACUCUCCCUUCCCCUCUGAAAGUGAGUGGAAAUGCUUGUCAUCUCCUUCGGUGACCAAUUACCACUCACCGUUGGUGAUCUGCCCUGAUUUUCAAUCCGGAGUUUAGCCAAUCAUAUCUCUUUGAGGACUUCUGAUCUGCUCUUUAACAUCUAGCCUAAAAACACUGGACAGAUGUUGUCCUCUUACCACUUGGCUGUCAGGCUUUAGCAAAGACCUGCCCACCAACGAAGUGAAUCACUUGACCAUCAAUGAGAAAGAUGGCCUGUCAUUUACAAAUUCAUGAAAAACAAUCAAGCACAGUGGACAGUUUUCUAAAAAAAACACACAUUGUUUUGUAGAUUUUUGCCAUGGAGGCUAUAGAAACUAAGGACAACAGUGAUGCUGACGUUAACGCAAUAACAUUAAUCAGGGAUGUGAUCAGGAAUUGUGGGUCUAAAAGCAGAAUCUUGUUUAAAUGAGUUCAAGUGCUAUGAAAAAAAUCUGAUGUCCUGAAAAAAAUGCAUCCAUGACAAAAUAGUAAUUGUGAUAGCAAAUAAUGAUAAUGAUGUUAUUGAUCUUAAUUGUUUUCCUUAUUUCUGCCUGAAUAUCCCUAAUUAGUAGAGACCCAAGAGAUGCAUGGACUGACACGCACACACAUACACACACAAACACACCGGUAUGAAUACAUACACUAUACACAGGGAUGGGAAAACAUUAAUCAAGAUGUAUGUUGGUACAAAAUAUGUUAUACAAUUGAAGCCCCUUUGUGUAGGAUCUGAGCAUUUCUGACUUUGGUAACACCUAGUGGUAGCAUCAAAGAACACCAAAUAAAUGCAAACUAGGGACGCUGAGAAUAACUGGUUUGAGAGCAACAUGUAGACUGCACCGGUUUUCAAACUGAUUGACUCAUUAUUCUACAUAAAACGUAAGCCAUCACAAUAGUUAGAAAGAGUCUAUGAACACAAAAAUCAUGGAUUAAGUGAUCAAACAAAAGCCAAAAAGCAUUAACUUCACAAGUAUUCAUACACAAACAUACUACUACAUUUGAUAAAUUAGCAUUUGGUUAUUGGUGUUGCUACGUGUUUAGCAGUAUCCUAUUAAUACAUUUUGUAGUGUCUUUAACAGCUUUUAAUCACCAGUUCACAUGUUGCUCCUGUUUAUGGGUAAUAGCUUAACACAACUCUUCUUCUAAAAUGGUAUUAUAGCCAUUAAAGGUCAUUCAAAGUUACUCUAUAACUACUUUUUAAUGUCCAUUGUUAACAACAGCAUUACAUUUAUUGCAUUUGUUUCGUAACAUAUUUUAUAGAAAGCACUCAGUCAUCAGACUGGAGAUUGACAGGGACGUAGCAAUAUCUAAAUUGGGUCGAAUAUAAGAGAAACAAACUCAGAGCUCAAAUUAAAUAAAUGCUUGUGUUUAAUUACGCUGCAUUUGUCUGAGGUUGAGUUCAGCUACCCAACAUGUGUAUCUGGUUUCAGGUCGGUUUCAAACCGUUUUGUUAUGUAAAGCUUCUGGCCAGGUGCAGGUUUUUUUCAAAAAUAUAAUGAAAAUGUAUCCGUUACAUAUUCAUUUGGGCUUCGCAACUGUAUUUCAUCAUCUGGCACUUGCACCCUGAAAAUUGACGUUUCAAGUUUUCUCUUUUAUUAAAUCUAAAUUUCAAAUAUCAUCUUGCAAUAGAAUAGCUGACUUUAUUCAAACCAAUACCCCCAUUACUGUUGAUCGCCGCUUUCUCUGGGAUGCUAUUAAAGGAUCUGUGAACAAAUCUAUAUUAUUCUCAUCCCAUUUAAAUAAAACCCCAGAAAUCCAGACCUUUGAGUCCCAGUUAGCUUCAGUAAAACUUCAACCGUAUGUGGAAAUCACUUGUUAUUUUUAAAUAACAAGAGGAUCAUAAUCAGAAUUUCUUAGUGAGAGAUCAACACACAAUUUCUACCCAAAUAGUGCACAACCAAGCCAUUUUUAAUCUCUCUAGAUUAAGAAAACAUCACUAUGACAUCAUCAUAGUCAGUUUCUCUCUCUAUAUAUAUGUGUGUAUGUAUAUAUAUAUAUAUAUAUAUAUAUAUAUAUAUAUUUAUGUUUAUAUGAAUAUAAUACUUAAAAUACUUGUGAGACAUCUUGCCCAUCCCCGUCUAUAGGUCAGUACACCCAUACAUACAUAAACACUUACAUAUACAGUACAUCAGUACACACUGACAUACAGUGUCACACAUGAGCCACACAUUUUGCACGUGCACAUGCACAUAGUAUUGUCAUGUGAGUUCUGCAGCCAACUGGAUGAAGUGCCAAACAGAAUGAGAACCAAUCAGAGCUCUCCAUGCUCAGCCAAUGGCAGCUGCUGAUACUGAAACCUGAGCCAAUAGGAGCUCUCACUGCUGUGAGGUGGACAAGAAACUGUGAACAAAGACCUUCCUUUUAAUAAAUAUACUGCACUGAUGAUGGCAACGGAGACGAGGAGGACGAAGAGAACGUUUGCAUGUCACUUUGAGUUUUUUCUUUCAAAUGAACUUGUCAGCCUGAAGCUUUGUGCCUGGCUGCAUUUUAGUGUUUAAUAAUGAUAGUAAUAAGAAUAAUAUUAACAAUAUUAAUUGCAGUAAUAAUGUGGUUCUUGUUAUGUAUAGUGUAUGUUUUUUAAGAACUCAAAUCUGCUACUUUCUUUCACCACGGAGCUGUUAUUUGUGCUGUUAGUUAGAAGCAAGCCGGUUAGCUUAAAAGCUUCUCCCACAACAUGACCAAUGCCCAAGACGUGAUCAACGUCUGGUUUAAGUUAAGCAGAACAUGUUGUGGGAUCUAUUUCCUUUUCUUCUCAUGGACUCGUAUCAUUUUUGCAAUGACCACAUGUUGUAAUUAUCAGAGGUAUUUUGAUGGUGUUAUAAUCACGUGAUAAGGGAUGGCUCCCAAACAUGUCAACCACUGAGAGAAAUGUGGGAAUCAUCACCUUCACUUACAACUUUGCUUCUGGGAUAAUUUCAUUUUCUAUUAAACUCAUCAAUUUUGACCAACAUCUUGUUAGUUGCUUUUCAACAGAGCAAAUUAAGUAUUGGAUUAAUGGACACCCACAUUUUUUUUUACAAAUAUGAACACAUAGUUUCUGUGUGAUUUCACCUUUUUCAGUAUUAAACAUGCUUGGGUGGUGAAUUUGACAGGGGAGAUCGCUGUUCAUUUUAUCUUUCCUUGCACCUUGCAUAUCCUAAAAUUCACGAGCAGUUUUUGUGCCUAAACGUAACCAAACCUUUUACCAGUCUCGCACCAAAUGCACAAGUGCAAAUAGUUUGCGAAAGGCAGUGCAUAGAAGGGCAGCAUAGGAGUACCAAGCAGUUAACCUGGAAGCUACUCCAUCCUACAUCAGAAUGUUAACAAUUGCAA